AUGGCCGCCCAUUCCUACGGUUUGCGCAGCAAGUUGAACACACAGUCCCCCUCGAUACGAAGCACGCCCGCCGCUUCUCCGAUUCUGCCCAAAGCAGGAGUAGGAGGACCAUCCCGGAAAGCUCGACCAGCAGAUGUUUCACUACACCUACAAAAAGUGAUUGGAACCACCACAAACAGUCCCAGUGGGCUCUCCUGUUGUCCCGCCAUCAACUCAUACGCAUACUGUGCAGGAGCAGUAGCGGUACUCGCCAAAGUCGAUGCUGAAAAUGCACCCGCUCACAGGUACUACAAGGCCCGGCCGACGGCGCCAUCUCUGAACCCUCCGACCUCCCACUACGAGAAUUCGCCCGCGAGCACACCUUCGAAGAGGCGGACCAGCACGUUCCCCUUACGGAAAGGGCAGGAUGACUUCAGUGGCAGUUCAUUUGGUCGAGAGUGGCUGGACGAGUCUGGAGCUCAUACAUGGUCUGCAAGAGAGAGAAUCAAGGCUGCAUCCUGCGUUUCCCUCAGUCGAGAUGGUCGUUGGCUUGCUGUGGGAGAAACCGGCUAUAAUCCCAGAGUGCUUCUCUUCUCAACCAGCGACGAUGCCUCGUCUGAAAUUCCCACUUCGAUUGUCUGCGAUCACACGUACGGGGUUCGCUGUGUCGCUUUUAGUCCUGAUAUGAAAUACCUCGCCACGCUGGGCAACUUCAACGAUGGAUUUCUUUUCAUAUGGUCAUUGAACCAGAAGACAGGUCAAUUAACCCUGCACUCUGCUAACAAGUGCACAACAAGUGUUAAUGAUAUGGCCUGGUGCGGGAUCAACUUAAUCACCGUUGGUACCCGGCACGCCAAAUUAUGGCAUUUGGCGGAAUCUCUGAAACGCUCAUCCAUGAGGCAACCACGAUUUCGACGAUCAGAAUCCCUGCCCUCAAGUCCAGGACCGACACCUCUGUCAGGACGAAAUUGUUUGCUUGGAUCUAUGGUAGAUUCAACUUUUACCAGCGUCCUGCCUAUUGACGCUACCAUAGUCAUCCUGGGAACUGAGACCGGUCAUUUGUGUCUGAUAGAUACCUCACAAUCUGUCCUCGAGCUCAAGGUGCUGAAGAAGUUUCAUAUCUCGAUUACGUCGAUUGCUUACCUAGCUGAAACACAGCAAUUACUCUUGGGAACUUCCUUAGGUCUCUUAACUGAGAAUCUCCAUGCUUUACGCAAGAAGGAAUCCAGCACCCACACCAAACCUUUGCUUGGUGAGUCGCAACAUAAGCCACCUCGUAUGUCAGCGGUUCGACGAUCGCUUGGCUUUCUUUCGUCCACUAGUCGCCACGUCACAGCCAUUGGAACGAUACAGGAGCAUACAAUUACCCUUGAUAGCGAGGGAAGCCUCCAGAUACAACAGAAUCAAUCAGAGGACGGACAAGACCAACCCAUUUUUGCUGCUCACAACAGCAUUAUCCAAGGUGUCCAAAGUCUCCCAAACGGGGCUGCGCUGGGUGAUUUCUUCACAUGGUCAAAAAAUGCAGAGAUCAAGUUCUGGGAUGUGAAGGGUAGCCUAUUAAACCAGGAGAGUCUCGACCUGGGACAACCUGAAUCUGACGGUGAGACAUUUGAAAAUGAGCUAAGUCGAAUGCAAUUUUCUGAACAGUUGAAUGGUUUUGUUGCUGGAGACCGUUUUGGCAUGCUUAAACUCAUUAAAACCCCUCAAUGGCGAGUGGUUCACACCAUUCGAGCUCAUAGUGCGGAGGUGACAGGCAUAGCCAUUCACCACACCGAGAGCAUAAUCGCCACUUGCAGCCGCGAUAGAAUGGUACAGCUUUUUCAAAUCAGCAGUGACAAUUUUGAGUUGCUUCAAACUAUGGACGAUCAUGUUGGAGCUGUGAACCAGGUGCUCUUCACCUCCACUGGAGAAAAGCUUCUUUCUUGUUCAACGGAUCGAUCGCUUAUCAUUCGCGACCGAAUAACCCGAGAUCAGGAUGGCGUGCAGGCCAGUCUUUACUUGUCGACGAAGGUUCUUACUUUGAAGGGUUCACCGCUUUCGAUGACACUUUCAACAGAAAGUUGUCUUCUGGUCUCGACGAUGGAUCGGAGGAUUACGAAAGUCGAUCACACAACUGGCACGCUAUUGGAUUCAUUUAAAGUCGGAGACUCCGAAAACGAUGACACCGUUUCAUUGAACUCCAUCAUCUGCAAUCAAGCUUCAGAGGGUGUCGAUGUAUUUCAAAGGAUUGUGACCGGCUAUUCCUCCAUGGACAAAUCCAUUCGUAUCUACAGUGAGAAGAACGUGUCGCUACUAGGGAGAGAAUCAGGUCACACAGAGGGCAUCAGUGACAUUGCCCUCCUUGAUCAGCCUAAUAAUGAGGUAUCUGGGAGGCUGUGCACUAUCGUGAGCACGGGAUUGGACGGAACUAUCAUGAUCUGGACAUUUUCGAAGGCGACAUCCCUCUCCGCACCAGAUGGCUCACCUGAACGAUCUCAUGGACUUGGGAUAUCUACGGACGACCCCGAAUCGCCAGGAGUAAAGCCCAACUCUGCUUCUCUCCCACCUUUGAGGAAAGUCCUAACAAAAAUGGACAUCGCUGAACUUACUCGGCCUAAAAUGUCGCUAUCACCAUCUUCUCCAAGAUCACUUUCACCAAUAAGACUAAAGCGGAAGACCUCUCGACUUGCUCUGUCGACCACCGUGGAAGAUGUUGAAGAUCCAUCUCCCAAUUCAGGGGACAAUGCCUCGAGCAGGAAGUCACCUCAGGCAGAAAAGGGGCCAAAACCAAAUCCCCGUCGUUCACCGUCCCCUCCACAAAAGAUACAUGCAAGGCCAAGGCCCCAAAGGUCACGAACAGAAAUCAGUAAAGAUAACGCAUAUCGAAGUUUGGAUGGACAGGAGAGAUCUCCAUCACCACCGGCUUUCACGAUCUCGGUACCUACGACUCCGAAACAUCGUCAAAAACCCAACAACGGAAGGUUGCGAAGACCGCCUUCUGUUCCCACAGACCUUAGAGGUCAAGCGAUGGCGCAAGGCCGACGUCAAAGUAUGAGCCAAGCAUCCGAUUUCGGCACCCUAGGCAUGGCCACCGAGCAAGCUUGUCGAAUGCUGAAGACCUAUCGCAGGAAGCUGACCGGUAGUAAAGAGUCGCUCGAUCUCGAUGAUCUCGAGGAUGAGAUUACAAUAACGCUGAAAGUUAUUCGAGAAAGAAAAGACAGGGCUCCGGUGGGCGACGGAGCCCGACGUCGGCUCAAAGCGAAAGCCGCUACAGAGAGCGACAUGGAGCAACUGGCGGUGUUAAUGGGCAAAGUCAAUAUGGCGGAGGCCAAUGUCAAUAUUAAAAUGAAUUCAGGAAAGGAUGUCGUGGCGCUAAAGGAUUGA